ACCACCUCCACCUCCACCACCACCCACCCCACACCCCCCGAGUCAACCUCCCCUCUCAAUCCCAAGUACAUCUCUCAAUCGCCAUAUUGGGUACUGAGAAGGUCUGUCUGCAGUUUCUCUCACUACGGGACGAAACUGACAGAGCGGAUUCAGUUCCUCUGCAGUUGUUUUGAUGAUCCGCGGAGACGACUUUCAGCUUGAAAACACCGCGGCCGUUACCGUUUCCAGCUCGACGUAUGCAUGGCAUAAGUCGUUUUACGCUUGUUUUGGAUCUUGCUCAGCGACGAGGAGAUAGCCGUUGUAUUUGAGCGGUGUGUGUGUGUUGUUUUUUUUUUUUUUUUUUUUUUUUUUUUUUUGCUUGUGAAAACCUGGACGCUCCCGGCUGUUUGAAAAAAUUUCUCUUUCUUUGGGGAAAAUGUCAGAUGUUCGACUUUCAAACGGGAGCCCGACGUUGGAGCGGACGGACCCCAGGGUGUCGGAUCACCCGAAACCGUCAGCGUGCAGAAGCCUCUUCGGCUCGGUGGAUCACGAAGAGUUAAAGAGGGAUUUAAAGGGACAUCUGCGGGAGAUGGACGAGGCUGCCUCCGCCAAGUGGGGCUUCGACUUCGCCAAUCACACGCCGCUGGCCAACGGCAGGCUCGAGUGGGAAUUAGUGGAUUGUAGAGACGUCCCGGAUUUCUACACUAGGCAGCCGCGGAGGGAGAAGGGCGUCUGCUCCGCUGGGAAUAACAAUGUGGAUCUAAACGGGAAUCAUAACUGUGUUGUGGUGGCUCCGAGCGAAGACAACGAGAGGUCUGACGGGCAGAUGGAGUGCACGGAGCAGUGCACCGGGCUGAGGAAAAGACCUGCACGUCACGACCCCUCGGCCCAAAGUAAGAGGUCACACACCAGCUCAGAGGAGGUUAGUUGUCCGAGCAGGAGCCACUCUGCAGAACACACACCCAGAAAGACCAGUCCCAAGAGGCAAACGUGAGGACGAGAGGACGAGCCGAAGAUGUAUUUCCCUUUUUUACAUGGGGAAACCUCAGUGUUGGCCGAUUUUUUUUCGGAAGAGGAACUACACAGCAUCAGAAACAUAUCAACUCUCCUGAAGACGGGGGAGGACGCUGUUGAAGCACUGAAUAGAAACACUAAAGUUGUGGCACUCAAUUAAAGUUACUGCCUCUAAAAGCAGUCAAUGUAGCAGUGUGCAAUUAGGUUUGAUUUCCUUUUUUGCUCCUUUUUUUUACUACCUGUGUGUAAAUAAAUAUAUAUUAUAUUUCUCUCCAUAUGUAGCACAUAAGAAAACAUUAUGAUUUGAAAACAAAUCCUUUAUGUAAAAAGGUGUGAAUUUUGAUUUGACUUGAAGAAUUGCAGUGUAGUUUGAUAAAUGUUUCCAAAAUGCUGUUCUGUUUUUUUUUUUUUUUCCUUUUUCUUUUUUUUUCUUAUAGGCAGUGUGACUUUGACACGGUCCCUUACUGCUACAAUUUCAAAAAAAAACAAAAAAAAAAAACACAAAAUCAUGGCUUCUUACAGUUUCUUAACAGUGUCUCUUCACUCCGUCAUCUUCCUAACUCAGCAGUGAAGAACGGUACAAAUGUAGCUCAUCUGUUACUUUUUUAUUUUUCCUUCCUCUGGUCAUUUCAGUGUCACCAAGUGCAGGUUCUCCUUUUACAUCUAUUUCCCCAGGAAAUCAACACAGGAAAAAAAAAAAAAAGUAAUAUUUCUGUUAGGACUAUCUUUAAAUCACCCGGUAUUUAUUUUGUGAUAGAGAUGCUUUUUUUUGCAUCAGUUGAAUCCUGGAAUAUGAGCUUCUUCUUCUUUUUUUUUUUUUUUUUUUUCUUAAGUUUUCCUGCACACCUCAGCCACAUUGUAAUGGUGUGAUUGAUUUCCUCUGGAGUUGUGAGGUACUCAGAUAUUGAAGGACAAAGACCAUACAAACUGCACAGGUUGUGUUGUAAAUUCAUCCUCUCACUGACUGUAUUCCUAUUGUUUCGACAGCCUUUUAAUGCUCUGCAGAGAGGAGGGUUUUUCUGAAAUGGGUUGAAUGUCCUACAAUACCAAAUACAUGGUUGCUUCAGUAUGGUUGCCAGCACUGCCAGUGCUCCUUAAUUGACUUCACAUUGUAUUACUUUGUGAUAACCUAGACUUAAAUCUACAUUUAUGUUUGUACUUUUUUUUUUUUUCUUUUUUUUUUCACCAAUGUUGUUAGCCUGCUGAGGAUGCAAAUGUGAGCAUCUAAAAGCUUCCCUUUAUUUUGCCUAAAGUGUGGGUUAUAUUCAAAGAGACCAGUGUACAGCUGGAUGGAGAGAGGAAACAGCUUGUCUCAGAAAUGCAGUCACCAUGCCUGUGUAUUUGUGUAAAUCUUUGCAAUGUACCUAUGUACAUAAUUUUGUAAAAACACUGAGAAAUUAUACUAACUUAUUUAUGUCAAGCUUUUUUAAUGUAGAAUAAAAAAUGGGUUUUUGAUUACGGUUAUCCAAAGUGGCAUUUACUUUAUUAUAAUUGUCUUAUUUUGUAAAAGCAUAUUUUUGGUAGUUUUUUUUUUUUUUUUUUUUUUUUCUUAUCAAUAAGGUUGCAAACUGAGCCUGAUAAAAUAUUUGAUGUGCAUUUUGUAAUGUGUGGUUAUAAAAUGUGUUGCAAUCAAUUAAAAAGAUAAAAUUAAA